AUGCACCAGCCCAUCCUACUGACCCCCGAGAGGCCGAAAAUGUCUGCGUGCAGUGACUUUGUGGAGCACAUCUGGAAGCCCGGGUCCUGCAAGAACUGCUUCUGCCUGCGGAGCGACCACCAGCUGGUAGCCAGCCAUCUCCAGCCCAGAGCAGGCAGCCUGCCCCCUCCACCUCGCCUGCCCCCCAGGCCUGAGAACUGCCACGUGGUAGAUGAAGGUGUGAACAGCUCGCCCUACUCCAAGCCCACAAUCGCUGUGAAGCCCACCAUGAUGAGCUCUGAGGCCUCGGAUGUGUGGACAGAGGCCAGCCUGAGUGCUGAAGUCUCACAGGUCAUCUGGAGACGAGCCCCCGGCAAGCUGCCGGUCCCCAAGCAGGAAGAGGUGCCCAUAGUUUACCUGGGCAGCUUCCGCGGGCUGCAGAAGGCGGCCAGUGCCCCCGCGCCCGCGGAUGGCAGCCCGCGCUGCCCCCCAGCCUAUGCCAUGGUCGGCCUGCACAACCUCGAGCCCCGGGGGGACAGGAACGUCACCUUCCACCCUGUGCCCUUCCCCGACGACAAGGUUGGGCGAGAAGAUAAGCCCUCAUUUCCCUACCAAGAGCUGCCCUCCGCCCAGGAGAGCUUCCGCCAGAAACUGGCUGCCUUCGCGGGCAUGACACCCGGCUGUCCCAAGGGCCCCGGGCCCCGCCCCUGUCCACGGCCACUGCGGGAGUCCCUGCCCUCGGAGGAUGACAGCGAUCCAAGGUGCUCGCCCUCGGGGGACAGCGAGGGUGGAGAGUACUGCUCCAUCCUGGACUGCUGCCCCGGGAGCCCCGCUGCCAAGGACGCCUCGCAGGGCACGUGCGCGGGGCACACCGGGGAGGACAAGCGGGCUCCGAGCUUCCCCAGGGAGUGCCGUGGCCAGGGCCCGCCAGCCAACCCGCCCCGCCCGGGCCCCAAGAAGCCGUCCCUUAGCUCAGAGGCCGCCAGUUCCUCCGAUGGCCUCUCCUGCGCCAGUGGCAGCAGCGGGGCCAGCAGCCCCUUCGCCCCGCUCCUCGAGAGCGAUUACUGCUCCCUCAUGAAGGAACCUGCACCCAGGACGCAGGAGGACUCUGGCUGCCACACGGUGACCUCUAGCAGAUGCCUGGGGCUGACUGGGGAGCCCCAGCCCCCAGCCCACCCCCGGGAGGCUGCACAGCCUGAACCCAUCUAUGCUGAGAGCACCAAGAGGAAGAAGGCGGUUCCAGCACCUUCCAGGCCACAGGCCAAGGCAGAACAGGCAGCAGCUACCGAGGGCCAAGUACGGACAGGGAACGCCUGGGCUCAGAAGUCAGCAUCUGGCCCCGAUAUGGCUCCCCAGGUAGCGGCCACCAUCACAGUCAUGGCAGCCCACCCAGAAGAGGACCAUCGGACCAUCUACCUGAGCAGCCCUGACUCUGCAGUGGGAGUGCAGUGGCCACGCGGGCCUGUGAGCCAGGACUCCGAGGCGGGGGAGGAGGAGACUUCAGCAGGGCAGGGGCUGAGCUCCAGGGAAAGCCAUCCUCACGAUGCAAGGGAAAGCAUGCCCAAGGGGAGGCCCGCCAUUCCCCCCAAGCUGUCCAAGAGCAGUCCCGGAGGGUCACCUGUGUCACCAUCUCCCUCCCCACUGGCUGACCUCAGCGAGGGGAGCUCUGGGGGUGGCUUCAUUGGGUUCCAGUCUUCAUCCAGAGGCCCCACGGACCCCGCUUCUUCCUGUCAGACCAAUGGUGUCACUGCUAGCAACCCUGUCAGGUGUCCCCUGCCUGCUGCCUCCUCCUCAGCCUUGGACCAGAGGCGGCCCAGGUUCCAGACUGGCACCUGGAGUCGCCAGUGCCGGAUAGAGGAGGAGGAGGAGGUGGAACAGGAAUUGCUGAGUCAAAGCUGGGGAAGAGAGACAGAAAAUGGCACUGCAGACGGUUCAAACUCUUCUACCUGGCACCGUCUCCACCCCACAGAUGGCUCUUCCGGGCAGCACAGCAAAGCUGGGACGGGGAUGAGCAAAUCAGCCUCUUUUGCCUUUGAGUUCCCCAAGGACAGAAGUGGCAUUGAGGCAUUCUCACCUCCUCCCCCGCCUCCAAAGUCCAGGCACCUUUUAAAAAUGAACAAGAGCAGCUCUGAUUUGGAAAAAGUGAGCCAGGGCUCUGCAGAGAGCCUCAGCCCGUCCUUCAGGGGUGUCCACGUCAGCUUCACCACCGGCUCCACGGACAGCCUGGCCUCGGACUCUAGGACCUGCAGCGAUGGAGGUCCGUCGUGUGAGCCAACUCACUCGCCCACCAGCAGCGGGAAGAUGCUCUUUGCUCCUGUGCCAUUUCCUUCAGGCUCCACCGAGGAUGUGUCCUCCAGCAGCCCCCUGCAGCCCCCUCCACUCCCCCAGAAAAAGUUAGUGAGCCGGGCAGCCUCUUCGCCGGAUGGCUUCUUCUGGACCCAAGGCUCCCCCAAACCACAAACGACAAGCCCCAAGCUGAACCUAAGCCACUCGGAAACCAACGUCCAUGACGAGUCUCACUUUAGCUGUUCCUUGAGUCCUGGGAACCGCCACCAUCCUGUCUUCUCUUCUGAGCCCCUGGAGAAAGCUUUCAAAGGCAAUGGCCACUGGGUUCCGGCACCGGGGCUGGCAGGCAGCAAGAGUGUCUGCGGGAGCCCCAGCCUGCAGUGCAAAGGGGCCACUUCUGCCUCGUCCUCCCAGCUGAGUGUGUCCAGCCAGGCCUCCACCAGCAGCACCCAGCUUCAGCUCCACAGCCUCCUGAGCAGCAUCAGCAGCAAGGAGGGCACCUAUGCCAAGCUGGGGGGUCUCUACACCCAGUCCCUGGCCCGCCUUGUAGCCAAGUGUGAGGACCUCUUCAUGGGCGGUCAGAAAAAGGAGCUCCACUUCAAUGAGAACAACUGGUCACUCUUCAAACUGACUUGCAACAAGCCCUGUUGUGACUCGGGGGAUGCUAUUUAUUACUGUGCCACCUGCUCUGAGGACCCCGGCAGCACCUAUGCUGUGAAAAUCUGCAAAACCCCUGAGCCCAGAACGGCCUCCUACUGCAGCCCCUCGGUGCCCGUGCACUUCAACAUCCAGCAGGACUGUGGCCACUUCGUCGCCUCGGUGCCCUCCAGCAUGCUCACCUCUCCCGACGCGCCCAAGGACCCUCCGCCCGCCCUGCCCUCGCACCCGCCUGCCCAGGAGCAGGACUGCGUAGUGGUCAUCACCCGAGAGGUGCCCCACCAGACCGCCUGCGACUUCGUGCGGGACUCGGCGGCCAGCCACCGGGCCGAGCCCGAGGCGUACGAGCGGCGCGUGUGCCUCCUGCUGCUGCAGCUCUGCAAUGGGCUGGAGCACCUGAAGCAGCACGGCGUCAUCCACCGCGACCUGUGCCUGGAGAACCUGCUGCUGGUGCGCUGCACCCCGCACGCCGCCGCCCCGGGGCCCCCGGCGGCUCCUCCCGCCCCCGCAGCCGGUGGAGCGCCCGGUGACAAGCAGUUGCCCCGGCUCAUCAUCAGCAACUUCCUGAAGGCCAAGCAGAAGCCGGGCGGCACCCCCAACCCGCAGCAGCAGAAGAGCCAGGCCCGCCUGGCCCCCGAGAUCGUGUCGGCCUCCCAGUACCGCAAGUUCGAUGAGUUCCAGACGGGCAUCCUCAUCUACGAGCUGCUGCACCAGCCCAACCCGUUCGAGGUGCGGGCGCAGCUGCGGGGCCAGGACUACCGGCAGGAAGACCUGCCCGCGCUGCCCGCUCUGUCCCUCUACUCGCCCGGCCUGCAGCGGCUGGCACACCUGCUGCUGGAGGCCGACCCCAUCAAGCGCAUCCGCGUCGCCGAGGCCAGGCGCCUGCUGCAGUGCCUGCUCUGGGGACCGCGGCGCGAGCUGCUGGAGCCGCCCGGCGCCGCCGACGAGGCGCUGUGCAGCACGCUGCACAACUGGAUUGACAUGAAGCGGGCCCUGAUGAUGAUGAAGUUUGCAGAGAAGGCGGUGGACCGCAGGCGAGGGGUGGAGCUGGAGGACUGGCUUUGCUGCCAGUACCUGGCGUCCGCGGAGCCCAGAGCCCUUCUGCAAUCGCUGAAGCUCCUGCAGCUUCUGUGAGCAGAGCCCCCUGCCCUGCACCUCAGCCACCUUCCCAUGCCUGGUCCUCUCUGGCCUCCAUGCCCUGCCUUGUCUUGGAAACAUCCGUGGCUCCCUGGGAAAUGGUACAAAUGACUGUCAUACUUGGAUAUAAUAUAUACAUAAAAUAUAUAAAUAUGAAAGACUAACGAUGUUAUUGCCCACUCUGGCCUCCUGUCCUCACCAAGUCCUCCCCAGUUUGAUCCCGUAACUGUACGUUUCUAGCUCAGUGCAAGGUCCUGAGGGCAGUCCUGCCAACACCAUGAAGUCUGGACUCUCGUUUCACUACCCCAGUAUGGGAUCUCUUCACUCUUAUGUCAAAUUGUUAUUUAAAACAAAGCUCUUUUAUCCCUAA